GUGAAAAUGUAAGAGAAUUAGAUUUUGCAGCCACUGAAAAGAGAUUAAGUCGACAGCAGAGGAAGUUAAAUUGUGCUGCAUAUAAACAAUGGGCGGAUUGGUCUUCAGAUGAGACAUUGGUACCACCUUCCAUUCUAAGUCACAGCGUAUUUCACAUCCGGUUUACCCAGGGACAUGUUACUAUUGUCCUGGUAAAGUAAAGCUGUAUUUGGCUGCAGUUUCCGUAUUUAGAGUAGAUUUUGUAGUUAGAUUACUAAUUUGUUGGGGACUGAGAAGAGUUUAACUCCCCACACCAAUGAACAGUGCGCGAGACCUGCGCAUACUCAGCAUCGUCAGCUGCCGCUUCUCGAGACUCAAGCUAAAUUUCGUCAGAUCUGAGAUCUUGGAGGAUUGUUCUCAUCGAAUCCGUGUAGAAAAGAUCUCCAUACAAGUUUGAGAAUACGACAGCCUCGAACAUCUCUGCCAUAUCGCUGUAAGUGAAUUAAUCGUUUUUCAUUUUGCUUGUCUUUUUCAGUGCAGAAGGGGGUCGGGGAAUUUGACUUGCAGUUAGAACUGCAGUGAGUUGUGUUAAGCCUAACAGAGGCAGAAUCCAGUCCAAAUAGAUGGUAAAUGAGUUGCAACGGUCGGGGAGUGGAGGAUGCGGAGUUUGCUAUUGAAAAUGUAGACGAUUUACUGGCAUCUGCUGUGGUAUGACAUGGUUUUGUCCAAGUUGUUUCAGCCCUGGACAGCGCUCCGAAUCUAGCAUUAUACAGUUGCUUAAUUACUCGCCACACACGAAUGUUUAAGAUGAGCCUUGAGAAAUGCCAAUAUCUCCCUGAACUCAAUAUGUUUAUACUGCUGAUACAUUUCCAAGGAAUAAUCUAGAAAGUGUGGUGUAUCGGAUGUUUUCCCAUUAAACUGCAUUAUCCCUGGUUUAUCAAAUCCUUGUCAACUAACGACAUUUUAACAGAACAUUGCACGUCGUUUAAUACGCUUCGUUUGCAGCAUAUUUCAGUGCACCUUGGACAAAAUAGUCGCCGUUUCUUCUAUGUAUGUUUUAUUGUCAGGUUAUUGUAGUCGUUUGUUUGAUAAUGGUGUAGCUAUUGAUUACAGUACCUUUUGCGUGGGUAAUUCAUUGCUGCUGCCGUGGGAAACAUCGUUAUAUAUAUAUAUAUAUAUAUAUAUAUAUAUAUAUAUAUAUAUAUAUAUAUAUAUAUGGUUCAGUUAAACGGGCAUCUGGCCAACAAUUGUAUUUGCGUAACGCAAUAACAUAUCCUACCACUUACAUCCACUGAAACUGGGUUGACAUGAUGAUGUUGGAAGAAGGUGAAAAUGCGUGAAUCUAAGAGAUUGGUUUAAUAUGCGGUUCCAGCCGCCUUUUAAUUGCAGGCUAUGAGUAAACUAAGUAGGCUAUACAAGUGCUAUGAAAACAAACGACAUACAAGACAAUGUAACCGGUAACGUGUUUGAGUCUUCUCCACAAUUAUUUAUGCAAUAUGCAUGCGUAAUGUAUGUCGACCGAUCAUCCGAAAUCGAUUCUUCAUGGAAUGUAGCCCUUUUUUUAAAGAAACAAAUACAUCGCCGCCAGUGUAUCAAAUUCAUUCAGACGCGCUCUCGCUAUCUUUCUUUUCAGGUAAUUAUAUUAAGUAUAAUAGAUAGUGGACUGAAAACACGAAAUAAUAUCUGAUGGCUUUAAGGACUGUGUGUUUAUCUGUCAACUGACAUCUGACGUGUGACGAGAACACUUGGUUUGAUUUAUGACAUAUGAGCUUACGGAUGCAGUUCCGUUUAAGUUCAGUUCAAGAUAGCCUAUAUAGGCUAUUUUGUGAAAUAUAUAGACUUUUGAGGUUCGACCCAUCACCAAAUCUUAAUGUAAGUAGUUUUUUGUGUGUGCAAAAGCUGGAUACUAAUAUGAACCGAAAGAUACAACAUAGUUCUUGGGAAAGGCUGGUCUUAGUAGAAAGUUGCCUGCCUCUUAUGUUUCUUGAUGCUCUUGGUUUCAGAAUCACUUACCUCCUCAAUUGUGUCUUGUUUGAUUAUCUUUUGAGCCAGUCUUGUCAAUGGUACUGUUUUAUUUUCUGGUGUGGUAUUUACAUUUUUGUUUUAUUUUCUGAUGUGUAGUUGUUGUCUUCCUCCUUCAGUGACAAACCACUCUCCAACCAUGGGUGGACGGACAGGAACGGCCAUACUACUAUGUGUUUGGGCCUGUUUGCUGGUGGCCAACGUGCUUUGUGGGAAAAGGUAAGGUGGGCUUCGACCACACAGACAAAAUAUUCACUGUCAAGUAUCUACGGGCCUUCAGCUAGAUUUGGCCCAGAAAAGAGAAUCACUGUGUUCUGUUCUAGGGUCUAGUUACAGAGACAAUAUACUAGUCUCUCAAGUCCCCGACAGUGUGGAAUUAGAAUAUAUUUUGUGAUCUGCAAUCAUGUCAUGUUGGAAUCCAUCCCUCACUGGCAGUCUGAGAGCAAACAGCUGAUUAUCCUGGAGAAGAAGGUAUGAUUGUAAUGAUCAUGUUUCGACAACUGAUCAUGUUUUUAUGUUGUGCAUGACUCUGUGAUGGCAGUAAUUAGGGCAUUACUUCAGGAAUCCACACUGUAAUUGCGAUAAUAUGAGGAGCUGUGGUGGAUUUGCCCAAAAUAGCAAUUACUGUGUUACAGUUUCCAUAUGCUCAGCAACCACAUAGGACAACACUGAAUGUUCAAACAAAGUAGAGAAGUGCAUGUCUCAGACAUUCUGUCAUUUAUUCAAAUUAUGUAUGUGUUUCAAGUGACAUACUUAACUAGAGGGUAGUCCAAUAUAGAAAGUCAUUCUUGGGAAUACAGAUGGCGUCUGUGCCCGGACCACCCACUCAGUACCACAGUGAGAUGGGAUGAGAGAUGAUAGGUUUUGACAUGUGAUUACCACACUAUUAAUCCCACCAUUGAAAUGACAGACAUUUGCGUUUACACCUCAAUGCUAAUCCAGUCCUAGGAUUAACGUUGAGAAGUUUGACAUUGAACCAAAAAUAUGCAAAUAUCAAGGUUUCACUAUUUGCAAAUGAAGCCGCAUAUACCUAGAUAACUUUGUGUGCAUAUGAUCAUGUGGAAUCACAUAGCAUGAAGAUGCUUGACUAUUCAAUGAAUUAAGUUUGGUUUUGCUAUUCUGCUAGCCUAAAUAAUUCAGUAUAACUUUCAGAGCUGUUCACUGAAGUUGACUUAAAUAGUUAUUUAUUGAGAUAUGUUUGCUUUUUGCCUCUCGGUCACUGUCCUAUGUACAGUUAGAGUAAACAGGUCAGAGGUUAUGUGCUGAAGAACAUGCGUGCAGAUCUGUGCAGUACUGGAAAAUGCAUAGACAUCUAAUCAGUCUAAUGAAAUGGCCAUUUAAGGAUUAAUUUUCCGUGAGCUGUGUCAUUUUCCCCAUUAAUCAACAGAGUGUUUAAUGUAUCUUAACUGCACUACUUCAAGGAUGGCCCAUUUAACCAAUAAACACCUUCCCUGAUUACUCCACCUUACAAUUGUCACCGUAAACUGCAGUGUAAUUACUACCUUGUGAUUGACUGUAUUGACCUCUAGAAUUCAAACACAAACCUUGGAGGGUUUUUGAACAGCGAGGGAGGGAGGGAGGCAGGCAGGGAGGGAGGCAGGGAGGAGGGGAGGCAGGCAGGCAGGCAGGCAGGCAGGAAGGCAGGCAGGGAGGGAGGGAGGGAGGCAGGCUGAGGCAGGGAGGCAGGGGAGGCGAGGGAGGGAGGGAGGGGGAGGGAGGGAGGGAGGAGGAGGGAGGGAGGGAGGGAGGGAUGGGAGGGGAGGCUGGAGGCAGCAGCAUGCAGCAGUGAGCAGUACUGUUGCUGUUCAGAUGACCUGUAGAUGGGGAUGGUGUAUAAUGUUUUAUGAGGAAGUGGUCCCAGUAGCUCAUAAACGUCCAGUCCAUUGCUCUCUGCUUAUCUGCACCCCGCUUCUCUCUCUCCUUCUGCCUCUCCCAUACUCUAUCCCCACCUCCCAUUCCCAAAUAUAUCCUAUGUCAAGUGCAUUUGAAUUAUUCCUCACUUGAAAGCACUCCGAGGCGUGUAUGUAAGUGUAAGUUUGUAGGUGUUAGUGUGACAGAGAGAGUGUAGCAUGAUGUGCUGCGUGUGCUCUGUUUGUUCAUUUACCUGUCGGCUUUGCUUCCUGUUUUUACUAAAUGUUAUGUUGUUGCCAUUUGUUUCUGUUCUGCUGUGUUGUGAUAUCAGCUCUCCUGGUGCUGUAACUGUUCUGUAUUGACGUUUGUGUGUGUCAUAUUGUCCUGUGAUUUCAAUGGUUUUAUUUUAUUUAUUGCACCACACUUCCCAGUCGUCACUGGCCAAGCCGUCAUUGUAAAUAAGAAUUUGUUUUUAAUUGAGAAAUAAAGGUGAAAUUAAAUAAAAAGAGGCAUCCUUGCACGUUUCCUGUUGUGUUUUUUGUGAGGAGGAUAUAAUGAACUGUAUCAGGGGAGAAUCCGAACCUUCAGCAUGUGUUCACUCAGUGUAUCGGCAAGCCAAGCAAGCAGAAAAUACAUGUGUGUGUAUGUGUGUGUUAUUCAGCUAUUCAGCCUCACAUGACCCUGCAGGCAGUUUCUCAUUUCUCACGCCUUUGUUUUGGUGGCCUGGCUCUUGAGCUAUGGCAUGGAAGGUUUUGCCAUUUCUUAAAGUUUCACACAAAAUGGAGAUUUACAAACUGUAGAAUAGUUUGAUAUCAGACGCUUGUUCCAAUUGCUUGUCUCAUUAUUUAUCUUAUUUAUAUUUCCUAUAAGUAUUUUUGUCAGGAAGCUGUAUUUUUAACAAAUAGCUGUUGUGUUGACGCCAUAUGAACUAUAUCAUUCCUACAGUGAUGUGAGUAGCAUGUCCUUAUUUAGAAGAAUCGUUUAGCAGCUCACAUUUAAAGCUGUGUGAUCUGCCUCCCUCUGCCUUCUCUCUCACUCUCUAUCUCUCUCCCUCAUUUGCGGCCGCCUGCAUUCAUGUCCUCUCGGCUGUUCUGUUCUCUCCUCCUGCUACUCGAGAUUUCAGAUUUCACCCCCCUUCCCUUCCCUUUGCAAGUCCAUGCUAACUAACCUUGAUGACCUCCCCUUCUCCUUGAAGCUGCGUUCUGAGCAGAGUUUGUUUCCAAACACUGGGGACUGUUUAUUUAGCAUGCAAUCAAACCAGUGUGGUCCGCGAUUAGGCGUGAAAAAGGAAGAUGAUUAUUUAUGAGAAAGGCUUUCCUGUGAUUCUUUUUGAAAGAGAGAGAAGAAAGACCCCCCUCCUUUCCAAGCUGACCAUUUCUCUCUCCAUCUAUACUUCCGGUUGUUAAAAUACACAUUUUGCAACAUAAUUAAAUCUGUAUUGCUGCUGAUCAUUGUGUUGAAAUAUUAAUGAGUGGCGAUGUUAACUCCACUCACACAAUAACUGAUUGUGAGUGUUCUGGCUUUGUGUUAAGCAUUUUGUUUCAUGUUGCUCAAAGAGCACACUCAACGAAUCCUUUGCUGUUAAAAGACCACAUUAAGGUAUAAAUAUUGCAUUAUGAGUCCUGCGUGUGUACAAUUUCAUGCCCUGUGGAUAAAAUAAACCCAUUUCUCACAUUCAUAUGGCUUUAUUACUAUUCUGUAUCAUCAAAGGAAGUAUAUUUGAAAGGAUCAAGAGAAGUUGCUCAGCUGGGAUUUUGCUCCAACACUCCUGCAUCGAUUCACCGAAUUCACUCUCCAAAAUUACUCUUCCUUUUCGUCAGCUCUGGACAGAAUGGCCAGACGGCUGAGCAGAAAGACAACACCACAGUGUUCACCCGGAUCCUAGACAGCCUCCUGGAUGGCUACGACAACCGUCUCAGACCAGGGUUGGGAGGUACAGUACUGUACAAUGGUUUCUCACCAACUCAUAUCAUUCUCAAGUUUAGGGAAAUAGAGCUGAUGGGAGAUAGAUGGGUUGUGAUGAGUGUCUUGGAUUUAGUCAAUAACAUGUUUAUUGCAUGAUGCUUUCAAGUAUAUUCCAGCUGCUAAUUUCCUGAAUCAUUUGUUAUGUUAUUUGGAAUUGUUGGCACCAGAUUGCAGUACUCUGUUGGUUUACUGUUGAUGGUUUGUCAAUAGCAAACCAUCAAUAGCAGUCCAGAGCACAUCAAAACAGGAUUUACAGUAAUACAAUAUAAUAUACUACAAUAUUAUAUAAAAUAAUAUAUAUGCCAUUUAGCAGACGGUUUUAUCCAAAGUGACUUACAGUCAUGCGUGCAUCCAUUUUUACAUAUGGGCUACAGACAGAAGGAGGACUGGAGUCCUUUGUCCUGCUCGAUGAAAAAUAAAUCUGCAUUGUAUUUGCUUAUCGUCAUUUCUCUGCCUUUGCACUCUAUCAGAGGAAUCUACAGGAGGGCAAUUCACUGUUAGCUCGUUUCCUUAGAAGCAUGAUAUCAAGAACGAGUAUCUUUUGAAAACUAAAGCAAACUGAAAAUAAAGCUCCCCGGUAAAUAACUCCCCUUGUUCUUUUGAGGAAUAGUGUAUGGUGUAGACAUUCUCAUUGAGACCUUGGGUAGUUUUGUCAUUUUUCAUGGAAGUGCACUGUGUGCUAGACAGUUGUUGUGUCUACUGCUCUAUAUCCGACUCAGCUUGACAGAGUAUUGGAGAGAUAUGUAGGCCUACUGGAACGUGAAAGGGAUUUUUAUGGAAUUGACUGUGUGGAAGGUCAAACAGGCAAGGGAAUAUUACAUUUUCAGUGGCAAAUGGAGACAAAUUAAACAUUAUGAUUGACACCAUUCCGGAUGUAAAUCAUGUUUCCAUUAUUCACUUCAAAACAUAACUCUAUACAGCAGACAAAGUUACUGUAAAUACAUCAGCCACAUAAAGACCAGGUGGAAUUUGAUCUCAGCCAAGAGAUUUGAAAAUUCAUGAAGAGAUUGAGUCAGUCCCCAGGUAAAGGUCCUGACACUGAAACGGAGAACUGCAGAAAUGGUUAUUGACGUGAAAAUCUGGAUUGUAAGGUGUCAUUUUGGAAGGGGGCUCUGUGAGAAUUGGGGAAUGAAACGAUCAAAGGGCUAGAAAUGCUCCCCAGGAUUACGAGCUAGUUAGAGCUAAUGAGGAGCCCUGAUCGCCACUCACUCUCCUAAUUUCUUGGUUCAACAGAGCGUGUAACUGAAGUCAAGACUGACAUUUUCGUGACGAGUAUUGGGCCCGUCUCGGACCAUGACAUGGUAUGCCCGUCUUUCCUCUCUGUUAUUCCCCUCUCUGAAAUGUCACCACUUCUGUGUCCUUGUUCUCCCCUUAACCUAUUUUGAUGUGGUUUCAAAGGUAAAGUGUUUAUUAAUUGGAUCAGCCCCAUUAGUUUUCGACAUAAAUGAAAUGUCACAAGCAAGGAAAUGUUAUUAGACCGAUUGGCGCAGUCAUUUCCUAGAUAAAUGCAGCUUGUAGUCUUAAAUAAAACUACAUGUGUAUGUCAAUUUGUAUUGCAUGGCAUGACCCAAGCGGGGAGGCUUGGUAUUGAUGUGGGGUAUAACUACUUUGGAUCUUGUAUAGCCUUCGUCUUUAGACUUGGCCAUGAUGUACAAUGUAUUAGCCGGUGCUUGGGACUAGAUUGCAAAGCCCCAGUCCGUGUCCCAAAUGGAACCCUAUUCCCUACUUAGUGCACUACUUUUGACUCGUUUUAAUGGCGGCCUCUUGGUCCUGGUCAAAAGAAGUGCACUAUAUAGGAAAUAGGGUGCCAUUUGGCAACCACAGAGAGCAGAUGCUGUUGUCAUGGCUAGAGACAUUACCCUACCUAUGGCUAUCAUGACUGGAUAAUGCGAUUGGAUGGAUAUCAAAAUCACACUGAGAUAUCAACUGACAGAGGAAUAAUUAGGCUAGUCUUUCUGAAAUGAGCCAAAAGCAAUUUCAUUAAGCAAAAGUGGGCAUACCUACCAUUUGAAAAAGAAGGUAGAAUAUUGAAGAGGUCUUCUUUGUUGAAUGGCAAUAGCGAAUGUGAGAUUGAUUUAUUAAUGAUUGCUCAGUUGAGACGUCUUCUUUAACCACUGUGGAUGAAUCGUAGCGUCAGUAUAAAACUAUUAUCAAUCUGACUCCGCGUAAAGUACACAGAAAUAACAGGUCCUGUGACAUAUGUGAAACUCUCUCUCUCUCUCUCUCUCUCUCUCUCUCUCUCUCUCUCUCUCUCUCUCUCUCUCUGUCUCUCUCUGUCUCUCUCUCUCGCUCUCCCGAUCUCUCUCUCUCUCUCUCCUCUCUCUCUCUUCUCUCUCUCUCCUCUCUCUCUCUCUCUCUCUCUCUCUCUCUCUCUCUCUCUCUCUGAUCUUGAUGAAGGUUCGGUAUUUAUGCACUUGAACUGUGUGUAUUUUACAUAAUAUAAGUGAAUUACUGUUCAUGCUCUAACAUAUGGGCCUGCACUUUUUGCUGCCGCGCUACUGUACAGUAAGUCACGGAAUGGUCUGGUCAGAAGAAACAGCUACAGUAGCUAUCACUUCCCUUUCCCAGUCCACUUCCAUUACCUUGCAGCUCUGUUACCGUUCACACUGAUUACCUCACGGAUCUGUUACCGUUCACACUAAUUAACUCACUGCUCUGUUACCGUUCACACUAAUUAACUCACGGCCGGGGGGGAAACUUUGAGAAGCACCUUUUAAUUUCACUGGCUAGCUAACUCUGUCAGGCAUUAUGAAAUAAUGAAAUGCUUAGCCAUAGUGAUUAGUGCAUGUUAGAGUGAUAUAUCACGCCAGUGUUUGUAUUUUUUGGUGCGCUAAAAUCUAGAGCACUGUGCUUCUUCCUCAUGUUUAUGGAGGACACAUUCAUGAGGACAAGCUGGAAGAAAGAGAUGGAAGCGACUCCACCAGUUAGAUAGACCUACCUUUGUUGAAGCCUCUUCCUUGACAAGACAAGACAGUCACCAGCAGGAAAAAUAGGCCAUUGCUGCUACAUGGAAGCCUAAGUGACGUGAGAGAGAAAAAAAGUGGUGAAAAGUGGGAGUGGGCAUUACUUAGCAGCAUGUGGUCUGUAACAUGUCUGGCAGAUAUAGGACGACUAGGGCAGGACAACCUACCUCUUCCAGGUCCUGAUCUUGCAUUCUCUCUUACAGGAAUACACCAUUGAUGUGUUCUUCCGUCAAAGCUGGAAGGACGAACGGCUAAAAUUUAAAGGGCCAAUGGCGGUUCUCCGUUUGAACAACCUGAUGGCCAGUAAAAUCUGGACCCCUGACACAUUCUUUCACAAUGGCAAGAAGUCUGUGGCCCACAACAUGACUAUGCCCAACAAACUCCUACGAAUCACAGAGGAGGGAACUCUGCUCUAUACUAUGAGGUGAGAGAAAACAUUUUCCCAACUGGGAUAUGGUCUGCUUUCGUUAUAUUAGAUUUAGGAAUAGGGAUUUUUAACACUGAAACUGGAAAUCCUCACUGGGAAGCAGAACAUGGUUUUCUCUACAGUUAAUGAGCAUAAGUCCCACGAUGAUCGUGAUUCAAGUACAUUGUAUUGUUUUUGUCAUUUCUGCUCUAGAAAAUACUGUUGGUAUCCAACAAAUGAUUUCUCCUUAAAGGGAGUACCAAGACACAUAGUGGGUGGAGCGAGUAGUGUAGAGUAGAGUGGUAGAGUGGAGGCUCGCUGUGAGUUUUUAUUUGAGCUGAAACAUCAUAAAUAAUGGUCCCAGAUGCGAACUUACACGGCCCACAAAAUGGAGCUAACGUGUGGGUCACAGGAGGUGGCCAUAAAACAUUCUGUAACAUGUUUAUUAGCAGGUAAGGACGCAGUGUGAGUUAAUAUUUAUGUCGUAGAGAUGAUAAAUGGGUGACAUGUCAUGGUUGGUUUGACAUUCCCCCUUUCACUGUGCUGUCAGGAAAAGACUGCGGCUCAGAGCUUUGCAGCAGUGUCCCUCCAUGCCUUCAAUUAGAUUUACAAAAGGCUUGUGUUGUAUAUUAUCAGUAGAUAAUCCUAUCUAUAUCUCUCUCUCUCUCUCUUUCCUCUCUCUUUUAGCUUCUAUAAUGUAUAGUAGUCUGAUAUAUAAUCUCUUGGUUCUGUCUCUCUCUCUGUGUCUCAUCUAUCAAGUAUCUAUAUAUCUCUGGUGGGGUUCUCUAUCAAUCUCUUCUUGCCUUUAAGGUUUAUAGAGUCUCUCUCUCUCCUCUCUAUAUCUCUUCUCUCUCUCCUCUCUCUCUCUCUCUCUCUCUCUCUCUCUCUCUCUCUGUCUCUCUCUUAUAUAGCUUCAUUUCUCUUCUCUUGUCCCUUUUUCUCACUCUCUUUCUCUCCCUCCAUUCCUUCCUCCAGACUGACCGUGAGGGCAGAGUGUCCCAUGCACCUGGAAGACUUCCCCAUGGAUGCCCAUGCUUGCCCACUGAAGUUCGGCAGUUGUGAGUGAUUCCCUGUUUUCCCGCUCUCUCUGUCUUUCCUUUCCAACCGGAAACCCAGUGCUCGUACCUGAUAGGAGUUGACAGUGGUGUAACAGCUGUUCUCAGGCAGGACCUGGCCUCCCAGGCCGCGCUAGGCCCCGCCAGGCCCCUAUAGGCGUACGACAGAGCAUACUGUAGACCUCUGUUUAUCGGAGGCAAUACUCCCUAUCAUACUUCCAGCGCAUUGUGCCAGCUGCUCAUUGUGCCAGCUGCUCAUUGUGCCAGCUGCUCUUCUGACCCCAAAUUAUCCUUGAGAAGUAGAGAGAGAGAAACAGUUUUUUGUUGAUGUUUUGUGUCUUCUCACUUUUGUUUAUUGUUUAUUUCACUAGCUUUGGCAAUGUAAACAGAUGUUUCUCAUGCCAAUAAAGCCCUGUUGUAUUGAAUUGAGAAACAGAGAGAGAGCGAGAGAGAGAGAGAGAGAGAGAGAGGAGGAGGAGCCCAACAAUAAUGAGUCAGUCUGUUCAGAAUAACACAGCUUGAAUAAAGACCAACCCUCAACUUUAAACUCGCUCGCUAAAUAUUUCAGUGAUGAGGCUCCUCUGCAGUACAAAUCCUCAACAGAGCUGAAGCAACACUGUACUGCGGAUGGCUUUGACAUGUCGGCUGGGCCGCCAGGACUUGGUUGUUUAAAGGUCAGUCAGAUUGAGAUGUUGUUUGUUUCUCAUCCCCUCUCUCUCAGUAGCGGUAAAAUCACUGGGGAAGCCGGAAAAAAAGCCCUAUUACAACCUAUGUAUUGUGAUAAUUGCGUUGUUUACUCUAUAACCCUUUAGUUCAUAUGCCUUGACACCAUGAUAUAUAGGCCUAAGGCUGAGACAAUAAGAAGACACAGUGGCAGAAUAAAUUCAACCACACCUUUGUUUCAUCACAAAACCGGAGAGCAACUUCUGUCUGGUGAAGUCCAUAAAGCAUAUUGCGUGUAACAAACAGUUACAUGACCUACAGCAUGGCAAGUUAAUGUUUCCAACAUUUUCAGACCACUAAACAACUAUUGAUUUAGAACCACAGAGAGUUACCGCAAGUCGCAAAGAAAACAGGAGCUACCUCGACUAAUCCACCACUAUUUCAACUUCAACAUUUCAACAUCAUCAAAUCACCUAUGCUUAGUCUACAGUGACAACUAAAAGACACCAAAACCAAUUUUGUCCAAUCAACUUAAACCUAAAAAUGAUGUGGAUGUCCAUGGUUCUGAUUUCUCUCUGUGUGUGUGUGUGUGCGUGCAUUCGUGCAAGUAGAAAAAAACAUGUUGACUCACCCUACGGUCUAUGACACUGUCAUACAGUACACGCAUUUAUUUGUUGUUGUCCUAGGCUACCUGGCUAAAAUGCUUGCUCGCUAGCCUAACUUCCUUUCAUAGGCAACGUUAGCUAGUUAACAUUAGCCUUCUACAUCUAGCUACAUAUUGAACUUCCAUCCUCUCAGGCCAGGGGCACAAUGUAUGAAUGAAUGGUUGUAUCAGAAUCGCCGUUCUAAUCAUUGGCCAGUACAGCGAAUGAAGUAAAACCACAAGUCCAAAUCCCUAUCUCCAUCCAUGGCUAAUUUAGGAAGGGGACCAUUUUAACUUUCUAGCUAGCCACGGAGGACAACAACACAACAAGUUGUUUCUGUUAAUGACGUAUUGCUCUCGAUGUGAUGUGAUUGGAGUGAAGCCAAAUCCAAACUGGAUUUUUUUUGGUGCGCCAGGACCAUUCACAGUUGAGCUCGCUCAGUUUAGCUCAACGCUGAUUGGCUCUUAUUUUCUACUUUUUUAUUCACGGAGGCCAAAUGCGCUCUGGCUUUCCUUGCAUUCAAUGCUACGGGCGGCAACAAUGUCAUACUCUUUUUGACCAGACAACAUCAGAUAGAUGGCCUACACAUACAGAGACAGAGGAGCGCUGUUUCGCUCGCUCAGAUGCUUUCUCCGGUGAGAUACAUUCAGCCACUUGCGAAUUGAAGGAAAGUUAUUAAACACAGACGAAAUAUACAUUAUUUUAUAUGUUUUUUACUUGGUAAAUUUUUUGGGGAAGCCUGCCUCCCCUUGUCAUCCAUGAAUACACACCACUGCUCUCUCUUCUUCCUGCCAGAUGCUUACACCAGGGCUGAGGUUGUGUACGUGUGGACGAGAGGGGCAGCCCAGUCUGUUGUGGUGGCUGAAGAUGGCUCUCGGCUCAACCAGUAUGAUCUGAUGGGGCAAAGUGUGGACUCUGGGGUUGUCCAGUCCAGCACAGGUUUGUUUCCCUUGUAAAAUACACUAUAUAUACAAAAGUAUGUGGACACCCCUUCAAAUUUGUAGAUUCGGCUAUUUCAGCCACACCCAUUGCUGACAGGCGUAUAAAAUCGAGCACACAGCCAUGCAUUCUCCAUAGACAAAUAUUGGCAGUAGAAUGGCCUUACUGAAGAGCUCAGUGACUUUCAACGUUGCACCGUCAUAGGAUGCCACCUUUCCAACAAGUCAGUUGGUCAAAUUUCUGCCCUGCUAGAGCUGCCGCGGUCAGCUGUAAGUGCUGUUAUUGUGAAGUGGAAACGUCUAGGAGCAAAAACGGCUCAGCCGCGAUGUGGUAGGCCACACAAGCUCACAGAAUGGGACUGCCGAGUGCUGAAACGUGUAGCGUGUAAAAAUGGUCUUUCCUCGGUUGCAACACUCACUACCGAGUUCCAAACUGCCUUUGGAAGCAAUGUCAGCACAAGAACUGUUCGUCGGGAGAUUCAUUGAAUGGAUUUCCAUGUCCGAGCAGCCCCACACAAGCCUAAGAUCACCAUGCGCAAUGCCAAGUGUCGGCUGGAGUGGUGUAAAGCUUGCCACCAUUGGACUCUGAAGCAGUGAAAACACGUUCUCUGGAGUGAUGAAUCACGCUUCACCAUCUGGCUGUCUGACGGACGAAUCUGGGUUUGGCAGAUGCCAGGAGAACGCUACCUGCCCCAAUGCAUAGUGCCAACUGUAAAGUUUGAUGGAGGAGGAAUAAUGGUCUGGGGCUGUUUUUCAUGGUUCGGGCUAGGCCCAUUAGUUCCAGUGAAGGGAAAUCUUAACACUACAGCAUACAGUGACAUUCUAGACGAUUCUGUGCUUCCAACGUUGUGGCAACGAAGGCCCUUUCCUCUUUAGGCAUGACAAUGCCCCGUGCACAAAGCGAGGUCCAUACAGAAAUGGUUUGUCGAGAUCGGUGUGGAAGAACUUGACUGGCCUGCACAGAGCCCUGACCUCAACCCCAUUGAACACCUUUGGGAUGAAUUGGAACGCCGACUGCGAGCCAGGCCUAAUUGCCCAACAUCAGUGCCUGACCUCACUAAUGCUCUUGUGGCUAAAUGGAAGCAAGUCCACACAGCAAUGUUCCAACAUCUAGUGGAAAGCCUUCCCAGAAGAGUGGAGGCUGUUAUAGCAGCAAAGGAGGGACCAACUCCAUAUUAAUGCCCAUGAUUUUGGAAUGAGAUGUUCGACGAGCAGGUGUCCACAUACUUCUGGUCAUGUAGUGCAUACCUACACUAAAGUUCCAUCUCUGUUCUCUCCAGAAAGCUGCACCACUGCUCUCUGUUUAUAGGCUUACUCUGAGAACAUGUCCCAGAUUUGUAAUUUCCCUUGUGGGCAUCACAUCCUUUCCCUUAUUUUUGGUACAUUGAUACUGGCAAAUGUAGUGACAGUGUAAAAUCGGUGACCCCUUUACAGUGAGUUCAGCUGCAGGCAGAAAGGUAGUUUAAGACUUUACUGUAUCUGUAUUGGUCUGUGUUUGAAAGUGUCAAUACCUAUCUCAUUCAAUUGUAUAUGCUAAUUCUGAGGUACCAUUGAUUUAUCAAAACAAAUGUAAUUAAUUUUGCAUGACCAUUGAAUGAUUCCUUUGUUUAAGUCUCUGUCAAACAUAAAGAGCCAAUGUGUUACCACCUAAGUCAGGGAUCAUCAACUAGAUUCAGCCGCGGGCCAAUUUGUUAUUGAGUGGAUGGUCGGGGGGCCGGAACAUGAUUACAAAUAAUGUGCAUGCAAAUUGACUGCAAGAAGCCCAAACAGAUAUAAUAAAAAAACUAAUAAUAAUAAUAAAACCACCCGCUGGCCCCCAGUUGGGGAACUCUGACCUAAGUCAUUCCCAAUGCUGUCGCAGAGCAUUCGCUAUGUUAUUGCUCUCAAUACAUUGAUGAAUUGGGUUAUGCCACGUUAUUGAGUUAGCCUAAACAAUACUAAUAAAUGUCUGCCAAUAAAACCCAUCCACGCUCGUAACAUGGCAAACCUCUACAAGGCACACAUAGACAGACGUCCUCUUCGGUAUGUUUUAAUAGUCUUACACCACAGCUGAAGAUUAUGCAGUGCACAAAACCAGCACAGUACAUAGACUGAUUGGAUCUAAUAUUUUCCAUAUCUUUUUUUUUUCUAAUUGACUUUUAUUUCUGUUUUGGGAGGGGGAAUGUUGACGAAGACAGAACUGCACUCUCACACAUUUUUGGAGUAUAUCAGAUAAAAUAUUUAGGAUUCUCAGGAGCACUAGAGCUCUAUGAAGUGGCUCUACAACUCAGAUGACACAGUCAAUUCUCACGCUUUUCAACUCUCUGUUUCCCUCCGUCCCACCUUCCCGACAACAGGAGAGUAUGUUGUCAUGACGACACACUUCCACCUGAAGAGGAAGAUUGGUUAUUUUGUCAUCCAGACGUACCUGCCCUGCAUCAUGACGGUGAUCCUGUCCCAGGUGUCCUUCUGGCUCAACAGAGAGUCCGUCCCAGCCAGGACUGUGUUCGGUGAGUCCCUAACAUAAACCAGUUGACAUGCUAUUUACACAGUCGCCACACACAGUGGUAACUAACCAUGGUAACUAACCACAGCAGACCUUCCCUUUCAUUGAGAGUGUGAUGGGAACAGAGUGAUCCUCGUUACAUUGCCUUACCAAUGUCCCUUCACAUGUAGCUCUGGAUUCAAUUACUACAGUGUAUCUCCAUUUUGAUAGAGUAAGUCUGGUGCCCAUCAAUUAAUGAGUUUGUAUCGAAGUGAAGGAAAAGUAACGCUGACACUCACGUUGGUUGGUUUUCUAAAGUCAGUAUAAUAAACCAGUGGUAGAGUUCUCUCGUUACUGUUUGAGUUCUACUACUAUUCUGGAGCGCUGCACCAGCCAGAGGUGCACUCUUUCUUGAUUCAUCAGUGGGACAGUGGAAUUUCAACUUCUAGGUUGGCUGAGUGUGGCUGUGACUGUGGAUGUGCGUGUGUGUGAGAGAAAGUGCAGUGUGUGUAUGUGAUGUGUGUGUGUGUGUGUGUGUGUGUGUGUCAGCUCGUACACAACAGCGUCCAAAAGGAAGGCUCUUGUUGGUCAGUCUGAAGCAUGCUUCUCUGUAGCAGAGCAGAGCACUGUCCAGCUGGGUUGUCCUUGUUUUACCUUCUCCUUUACCUUUCCGAGCUCCAUAAUACAGCCUUUAUGUGAGUGUAAGGAAGAGGGGUUUUCAGCAGCAGUCCUAGUCUGUACUAUGUUUGCUGCAGGGGUUCCUGCGGUGCUGUAGCCUACCUGGUUCUGUUCAUCACAUGGCAGAAAGAUGAGUAGUAGAAUGAGGUUGACCUAGAUGCAUACACUCUUAGAAAGAAGGGUCUAUCUAGAACCUAAAAGGGUUCUUCAUCUAUCCUCAUAGGAUAACCCUUUGAAAAACCCUUUUUGGUUCCAGGUAGGACCCUUUUGGUUCCAGGUAGAAACCUUUUGGUUCCAUGUAGAACCUUUUCCACAGAGGGUUCUACCUGUAACCAAAAAGGGUUCUCCUAAGGGGAUAGCCGAAGAAGCCUUUUAGAAGGGGGGGGGGGGGGGGGGGGGGGGGGGGGGGUGCUAAGCUGAAAAAUAGAAUUGUUUUAAGAUGGUCAUACUAUGGAUCAUUUAGCUAUUUGAUUUAGAAUUUUAGGACACAUUUAGUAAAAAAAUAUAUAUAUGCAUUUUUGUUUAAUAAAAUAUUAAUUUUGGCCUUGACUACUAAAGCCCAUAGAAACGCAUUGAAUAACACAUUCAUAAAUGGCAAAAAAGACAGUCAAAAAUAAAUCAUAAGAAACAAGGUUUUGAAAUGUCUCUCCUAAAUCUAGGAGAUAUAAAAAAAAACUCAGGAAAUAUAUAUAUAUAUAUAUAUAUAUAUAUUAUUUUUACACAUAUUGAACCUUUUUUGGGUAAGCACAAAACUACCUCCAUACUUCCAUUCUUUUUUUAAAACCGGAACUGGUUACCUUCAGAUGAGUGCCGUGACACUUGUCCCAGAGAACACCAUCGUGUUUGUGAGAGUCUCCCCUUUCCAUAGAGUGGUCAUAAUAGGUACAGUUGAAGUCGGAAGUUUACAUACGCUUAGGUUAGAGUCAUUAAAACUUGUUUUUCAACCACUCCACAAAUUUCUUGUUAACAAACUAUAGUUUUGGCAAGUCGGUUAGGACAUCUACUUUGUGCAUGACACAAGUAACUUUUCCAACAAUUGUUUACAGACAGAUUAUUUCACUUAUAAUUCACUGUAUCACAAUUCCAGUGGGUCAGAAGUUUACAUACACUAAGUUGACGGUGCCUUUAAACAGUUUGAAAAAUUCCAGAAAAUGAUGUCAUGGCUUUAGAAGCUUCUGAUAGGCUAAUUGACAUCAUUUGAGUCAAUUGGAGGUGUACCUGUAGAUGUAUUUCAAGGCCUGCCUUCAAACUCAGUACCUCUUUGCUUGACAUCAUGGGAGAAUCAAAAUAAAUAUUUUUUUGAGACAGUUGAAUUUAAUAUUCCAGUAAUCAGCUGUACAACCUUGUAUCUGUACUAUAGUUCUAAUGUUUUAUACUGAUGUUUAUAACAAGCAUGUCUUAUCAACUCUUGAAAUGUAACUUGUUCAAGACAUUAAGAAAUAAUGAGUGAAAUUAGAGUAGUAGUAUUUGUCUCAUCAAGUCAUAUUAACUAACAUAAGAUAUCGUUAUGUAUUGCCUACUGGUUGAUAGGUUCCGUGUGAGUGAGCAAACACAGCAUACUGCAAACACAAAGUCUCCCUUUUAGAUAAAUAGGCAAUUUAAAAACGCAGCAGUGGGUUAGGUAAGGUUAUCUAUUUGUCAUUGUUACGAUUAAAGAAGGCAGAUAAAUUCAGAGCCAGAUUAUCGCAGUGGAAAAACUAUUAACUAUUUAUUUAUUUAUCAUCCUAAUAAAAAUUAAUAAAAAUAUGGUAAUGAUGAUAUGGCUCUGAAAGGAAAAUUGAAUGAAUAUGUUACAUUAUAUUACAUUUUGGAGCAAACACCCAGUCCCUUGUUCUCUCUCUGUGGCUGUCAUAGACGUCAACGGUGCUCAGAACAUUAGCUCUCUUUCUUCCCUGCUCUUAAAGCCAUUCAAUGUGUAUUUACUGGCUGCUUUUUGAUGUAUCUGCUGAUUAAGGCACAAUGGAAGCGAGAGAGAGAGAGAGAGACUGCGAGAGAGAGAGAGAGAGAGAGAGAGAGAGAGAGAGAGGGUGAGAGAGAGAGAGAUAGAGAGAGAGAGAGAGAGGGUGAGAGAGAGAGAUAGAGAGAGAGAGAGUGAGUGAGUGUGUGUGUGUGUGUGUGUGGGGGGGGGGGGGGGGUAUGGGUGUGUAUGGGUGUGGGUGUGGGUGUGGGUGGAUGUGUAUGUGACUGUGGAUGGGCAGACCAGUCAGCUAUGGAGAUUGCAACAUUCACUCCAGUAAACACUCUCUCUCAAACAGUCACAGAGCACCGCUAGACAACAUCUUCAUGCCACUGGCAUGGUUAGACAUUUGCUGAUGAGGUUUUAGUUAUUGAUAAAGCAGUAGCCUUAAGGUUGACACAGCAGGCUUCUCUGAUAGGGGACUAGAGGACCACUUCACUGCCAGGAGUGGUAAGAAGUUAAAUAUGAGUUUUAUUUGAGAUUUCAUUUGAUUUGAUUUCAUCCAUGAUUUCCUUGUUACAGCAUUCUCUAUCUAAGUCAGCGAGGUGUGACCGUCUCAUUGCCCCACCUUUCCAUUUAUCACCAGAAAUUUCUAAUUUCAUUUUUGCAGUGUACCUUUUCACACUAUCAUUCUUUAUCUCGAAAAUGUUCUUCCCUGCUACCCACUGUAUGUGUGGAGGUAUGUGUGCUUCUGCACACAGAGAUAAAUUGAGUGGAAGGGAUACCAAAAUCUGAGUUAUACCACUAUUAAUCCACAUAUAACUUUCCAGAUGGGUGCCUCUGUUCAUUAAGGGCCACCAUGCACAGUCCAGUAGUCCAACUUGUCAAAUAGAGUCAUUUAAUGAAUCAGUCGCUACACUCAUUUAAGGAAUCUGAAUACCUAACAGUGUUUCUCUGUUCUAUAAGUAAAUGUUACCAUGCCCAACCCAUGAUUUUGAUUUCAUUCCACACAUCAUUUGGGAUUUAAAAAACAUAACAAAGUUAGAGGCGGCGAGUUGUUUCCAUGGCAACACAGCUUGCUGUCUUUAUUUAUGAUAGUGAAUCCUUCAGGAUACUUUGGAAAAGAGUGUGGUGGGGAAACGAAGGAAGGAGGCAGCUACCCUAGACCAGCCUCAAUUCAUGACUGGCUGUCGCAUGCCCAUCCCCCUCUCCCUCCCCCCUCCCACUUCCCCAAACCCACUUAUCCAUCCAACCACCACCCCCCCCGCAAAUCUUCUUAAGGCACGGUUAGAUGCAGUUGUGAUGUGUUUUCCUGCAGGCUGUGGAUUCCAGCUGAGCUCCUAACAAAAGGGUAGCAUGUAGGGGACAUCAACUUCUAAUCACCCCCGGCAAAUCUCCUAGCAUGGAAAUCCAGCCAGUGAUGAUCAGACUGGGGUGACUGAGAUGCUGGGGGAUAAUGUAAUGUUGGCGCCGCUGCCUUUCACAACACCUAGCUAUUUCUACUGUAAAGCCCUGUCGAGACAGAAAAACACUCUGAGCCUUUGAUGGGCCCAAAUGAUGACAGUAAUGGACAGCUGAUUUGACACUGUACAAUAAAGGAAAGUGUCCGAGGUCGACUUUAUGAUCAAGAUUGUUUUAGUGGCAGUGAAAAGACAUCUUGAUAGUAGUAUGACCUUUCAGAGUAAUUCCACCACUGCCAUAGUACUCUAGUAGAGUAGAAAUGAAAUCAUAGCUUGGCUUUAUAGCUAUCUGCAAAAUGGAGUGAACAUGCACGUUUUGGGGACAUUUUAGUUUUUUAUUGUUUUAUUAUUUGUUGCUGACGUGAUUGUAUUAUUAGUAUAACUUUGUAAGCCUCAUGUAACACUAUGAACUCAGAAUAGAAUGUGCGUGAAUAGGGUGUAGGACUAUGAGUCAUCAUCACAUCAUCGGAACAAGAGAGAAUUCAUCAUUCUGAUGGCGAACAAUAACAUUCAGAGCUCAGAGGAGAACGUUAAUCGCUCCACUGCCAGAUGCUUUCGUAGCUUCGAGAUUGCAUGCGUGUGCUGUCUCAUUUAUGAUAGAUUUUUCUUUUUUUAAUUUAGUAAGGUCAUCAGAGCUAAAUAGACGUCAAAAAGCCUCACACACCACCAUGGAAAAUUCAAAAGACUUCACUUAAAAUAUAUGUUUGUGAAGUCUAGAAUAAUUCUGAAUUUAACAGUGAGAAAAACACUUUUAUUUUCUACUAUCAUCAACAAAAGGAAUUCAAAAGGAAUACGAUUAAUUAACCAAGUCACAGGACCAAGGUCAGUGGAGUCACUGAGUUUCAGCCUAUCUAUAAUAAUAUAAUAUGCCAUUUAGCAGACGCUUUUAUCCAAAGCGACAUACAGUCAUGCGUGCAUACAUUUUUGUGUAUGGGUGGUCCUGGGGAUCGAACCCACUACCUUGGCAUUACAAGCGCCGUGCUCUACCAGCUGAGCUACAGAGGACCACUGUAACACACAGGGCUGAUUCUCUGAUGUGUCUAAUCUCUCCAUCUCGGUCUCAGUCAACACAGUCAUCCAAGCAGAGCAGAGCAGUGUAUGGAGAGACAACAGUAGCCUAUCAGCAUAUGUUGGAGUUCAGCUUAUACUCCAGAGUUUUAUGUUCACUGUAUUUACAUUGAAUAUCCUGUAUGUUGACUAUGUUGACUGUGUCUGUAUCCUGUCUGUACAUUGUCUAUUGCUGGCAUCACGUAUUCACUAAGUCAAAUUCUGGGUAUGGGUAAAUGUACUUGGCGAAUAAGUGAUUCUGAUUCUGAUGCCAAGGCUAGGACUACCCUUUUGCUAUAUAUCUGUUUUAGCCAGGACCAUUGCAGUAUAACAGUGGUGGAGGAAGACUCUGUUCUACUGGCUAACUCAUGACCUGUCUCUCCUUCUGUCCCUUGAAUUGCCUUGGCCCCAGCCGAGUUCUCUGAGUAAGCCGCUGGGCUGUUUUUGUUUUGUGGUGUAAACAUCUGCAGCAGUCUGUGUGGAUGAGCAAUGCACCGACAGACAUCCUGUGAACUGCUCCUCUUCUCCAACAGCCCUGCUCUCACCUCUGCUUUAACAAACCCCAGCUAUAGUACAUGAUGACCUCACAUAACCCUGUAGGCUUAACAACCUCCCCCUUUCUGUUUUUCAAUUCAUACACCCUUUAGUGUGCAGGUAUUAUGCAGGCUUAAAAAGAAACGCGUGUGUUUUGGUGAUUUUAUCAAACCUAAAUAACGCGUCUCAGCCGGCAUUACAUGAGAAUUGGGGCUCUGGGGCCUCGUUUUUUGUGUAAUGCAUGAAGUUGGAAUCAGGGAUGCAUUAGAGAAGUUGGCAAGCUUUGCGGCAGCUAAUCAAAAUGUAAUGUUCAGGAUGCCAACAUAAUGGUAGCUUAUGCUUCAUUCAUUAAGCAAUUUUACCCAGUGACCAAUUAUGUUGGUACUGAUUCAAGAUUCGUAAUGUUACAUAUGUCAACAACAGUGUGUUUUACUCUGACCAGAACAUCCCCAUUUUGGAAAUGGCCACUUGCUAGACUAGAUUGGAUAGAGUGUGUAGUUGUAGGAUGCAAUAUGUGUAUUUAGCCUACAAUGUGAAACCCAAACAAGCAAGAACAUGGUUUAUUCUAUUCUAGAACGUAACCCAUUCUCCCUCUCUGUCCCUACAGGAGUGACAACUGUGCUGACCAUGACCACCCUCAGUAUCAGUGCUAGGAACUCUCUCCCAAAGGUGGCCUAUGCCACAGCCAUGGACUGGUUCAUUGCAGUCUGCUAUGCCUUUGUCUUCUCUGCCCUCAUUGAGUUUGCUACAGUCAACUACUUUACAAAGAGGGGCUACGCCUGGGACGGAAAAAGUGUGGUGCCAGAAAAGGUGUUCUUCCUCUUAUCCUCCAUAAAAUAUAUUGUAUUUUGAAAAAACUUGAAUUGUUUCUGAACAUCAAGAUCAGGGGUGUUCUACCUAAAAGUAGAGCAGUUAGUUAGUAAUUUGUUGGUGGAGCACAACAGUGAGUGUUGGUUUUAUGUCACUUGCUCAUCUCAGUGCGAAUGAGAUUCAUGGGACAUGAUAAGAACAUGAAUAGUUGAGUGUUCCUCCAUAGUGUUCUCACCAGUGCAGUUAGAACUACAAUACAUUACCACCUUCAGCUGCUCCUGAACAACACUGAGAGAGGUAGUAGACAAACUCGCACACAAUGCUUUGCCAUGUUUUUUUUAAACAUGUCCUCAAAUGUAAAUUGCUAGCUUGUCAAUGUGCUUUGUUGGUUGGUUUCUUAUAAGCUAACCCAAGGCACGGUCUGUUUACCUCCUUGCAGCAAAAGAAGAAGAAAGAGUCCCUCCUGAAGAAGAACAACACCACAGCUUACACCGCCGCCACUGCUACAGCCUUCGCUCCAAACAUUGCCAGAGAUCCUGGUUUGGCCACCAUUGCCAAAAGCGCCCCCCCUCCCCCCACCGAGCCCAAGGAAGAACCCAAGCCCAAGCCACCAGAGGCUAAGAAGACCUUCAACAGCGUCAGCAAGAUCGACAGGAUCGCCAGAAUAGCCUUCCCGUUACUCUUCGGAACCUUUAACCUGGUCUAUUGGGCAACCUACUUGAAUAAAAAGCCCAAGUUACAGGGGAUGACCCCGGGAUCCCACUAAUCUCAAUACCCCCUUCUUUUUCCCCCCGAAUGUUUAUUUUCAGAAAACAUGGUGUCCAUGCUGGUUGAGUUCCCAGUCGCCACAUUGCUUUAAUGUCAAAUACCUUCCAAGAUAAAAAAUCUAUAAAACAAAAAAAGAGAAAAGGUGUUAGGAUCUGAGCAAUGUGGUGACCAUUUAAUGGGAAUUGUUUUGGGGAGGGAGGGAUUAUGCUACUAAAGAAAAUAUGCUACGAAUAAUAUAUGAUAUACACAAGAGAAUGCUAUUCUACAAAUGCACAUAGCCCAACAAUUGUUAAGGAUCUAUUAUUUGUUUUAGUUUUCUGAUAUGUGUUCAGUUGUUGUUCUGCAUUACAUGUUUAACGCUGUAAAAGAGAAUCGUGUUUUUGCAUGGACUGGCCGUUUUUCUUUUCAAAGACCAAUCAACAUUUAUUUGACCGAUGGACCAGUUUGUUUGAUAUCAGUGACAAAAUGCUACCUUCAAUCUUCGUCAAAUAUUCUUCCAUUCUCUGUAGUUGAUGUUUUGGGGUUGUUCAUUUCCUUUUGUUGAAAUAAUCAAGAUAGGGUUUCAGCAAUAGCAAUAAAACAUGUCUCAAUGGAAACAAUGUCAUCCAUUCAUCGAUUUUAGAAGAAGAUAGAUACAAUUCAAUCAUUUAUGUGCAACAUUAGGAAUACUAUUAAUUUAGUUGUUUUGUAAAUAUGAUCAAGUGUUAGAGAUGUCAACAUUAUGUUUAAGCUUUGCAAAGUGUAACUAAGGGUAUACAUAUACAACUCCUGGCAAAAAAAGGUUUUCUUACUUUAAUCGUUUAUGAAACAUUGAAAAUAGUUUGUAUGAAGAGAGUAUUUACUGUUUCAAUCCUAAGUGACUGUUUCUUACCAAGUCAGUGUUCCACUGAUCGCUGGUCAACGUUGCCAGCGGUUAUCACUGAAGUAUAAGUUAAUAUCUGUUAAUAUCUAUAUAUCUAUCUAUUCAACUAAAUCCAUAGCUGUGUGUAUGUGCACACUAACAACAACAAUGUGUCAAGGUCUGGGAUAGUAAUGAGUAAGAAUGUAAACUGUCAAAUCUAAAUGUCGGAAUGCAUUUUAUAUUUAGAAUUAAAAAACACUAUUAUUCUUUACUUUGGUUUCUGGUUUCUAUGGCAGAGAUGAGCCCCUAAAGGGACAUUUGUACAGGGCCCAGAGGACUGUCAGCAAACAUUAUUUAGUUUCUAAGAUGGCUGCUAGCAGUGAGCGUUGCAGCGGGCGGGCAGUGGCAAACUCAUUGAGAGUGAAGAGCAGUGCCACUAAGGAAACGCUACUCCCAUGACUGAUGACACUAAGUUCUCCAUCCUGCUGUAUUCCAUGACCCUGUGAUUCCCAUCUUCUGUUGACAAUGUUUUAGACAACACUCAGAACGUACCAGCUACACUGCCUUCAGUCUCACAUGCCGUUAGAGGAAUGGUUAUUUUUGGACUGCAUCUGCUGCUGCUUGAUGAUGAUGAGAGCGAAAGCGGAGGCACUCAACUUUAUUGGCUAGUGCUGUGUCCUGCGCAUAGGACAUGUCUUGUAGUUCUUUGAUAGUAUUGAAUAUCUAUAUUUUUGUAGCAUGAUGCCAAUCCCUCCUCAGAGAGAACCAACAGAUUCUAAAAUAUGUUUGCUUUCUUUUUCUAUUCACAUUCAAACAUACACAAGGAGGUGUUUUCUCAGAUGUGGCAAGUUCAAGUUAAUUGUCCUUCUCAAAUUCUGUUAAUGUAGCAAUAUUGAUUAGCAAGGGCUUUUUGAAAAUAUGAAUUUAAAGCAUGCAUUGUCCGGGGUGAUAUCCAAGGUAGCUUUAUGGUGACCUCAGUAGUCAUAGUUCCAAAAUCUCUUUUGAUUAACGAUCACGAGCGUUGGCUUUUAGUUUUUAUUCUCCGUGGUUUUCAAGCCGUCAGCACCUGACCUGCUUUCAGAAAUCUAUGAUCCAUCUUGUGAGUGGGGGUAUUCUAUAGCAUGGGUUGGGGUGUUCUUACAGUAAAUGGGUUUUAUAGUACUGGACAUUGUGCAGUGGUGACGACAUCUCUGGACCUUGUAGAAAGACUAGUGUGUAUUGUAUAUCAGUGCACAGGGGUAAAGGGACAGUGUUUCCCAGAGGGAGAGAGUCGGUUGCAUUAUGACCAAUAGAGAGGAUCCGUUCCUGGAGACAGAGGGCUUUCAGUGUGCAGGUUCACUCUGCCGUGCACAGAGUAGUCUGUUUCAAACCGUGUGAAAUGUACAAAUAUAAAUACAUAGAUCAUUAAAUUCAAACGUAUUGUAUGGAUGUUUAUUAUCAUGACGAAAACAGCAUAAAUAUAUAUAUAAUAUACAUAACGCAUAUAUGACUAUUUCAUAAAACAUACUAGCUAAGAUAAUGAUAAAUAUCGUUUGUACCAAGCUAUUGUUAUACAUUAGAUAUAUACUUGACAUGUAUGUAGUCAGCUUUGUGCUAUGCAAGGACAGCUUUGUGCCAUGCAAGGACAGCUUUGUGCCAUGCAAGGACAGCUUUGUGCCAUGCAAGGACAGCUUUGUGCCAUGCAAGGACAGCUUUGUGCCAUGCAAGGACAGCUUUGUGCCAUGCAAGGACAGCUUUGUGCCACGUUCAUUCACUUAUUUCUUUGACCGUUGUGUUUCCAAUUAACAAGGUAUUGUAUAAAGCUUAACUCUUUAAUCAACCAUGCAACCUACUUAGCCUUUUAACCAUUUUUUCUGCUGGGUAAUCACGAAGUAGAUUGUGAUUGUGAAUUACUCUACCAUUUUUUCUUGAUGUACAGGUCUGAAUCUAAUGAUGGUUGAUUGGGAGAUGAUGGCUUUGAAUGUCGAUUGCAUUUAUUAAUUUUUUGAUAAGGCAAUAAAGUGAAUCAAUUGAAAACCUCAAGCUAAAGUAUAUCAAGUUCACAUUAAUUGUUUUAUUUGAGGAUAAAAUUAAUAAGAUUUGAUCAUAUAAUCAGAGACUGAUGGAUUGCAGAAUGGAUAAAUUGUUUUCUUUUCCACAUAGUUAGCACUUUAGUUUUAGAGAUAUUAAAUCCCUGAAGGGCUCCUCUAUAAUUUAGCAAAUUAAAACCUCAAUACAUUUUACAAUGGAAAGUGGACCACCACCAGUUGUUGCUAUUCUGGCAUACUCAUUUAGGAAGGCACUGUAUUUGCUCCAGUGCACUGGCUGUGGAAUCUGUGGCACAUUUGCAAACAUGAGCUUCCAACCCCGUACCCUUUUACAUCAAUCAGCUGUAACAUGUAAAUAAAAGCAUUGCAAAUCG